GAGCAGUCGGUACCGCGCGGCACAACUUCCCUCGCACACGCCGCGUGCGUCGCGCUGCCCCGCAUGGGAGGCUGCAGCUUUGGCGCAGGACGCUCCGAGCCUGGGGCUCAGUCCCCUCUCCCCAUAAAUUUCAUCACACCUGCUGUGAGAAGAUCUUGGAAGAGCUGCUGGACAAUUACCGAAGGAGAGAAUAUUUUCCAGAAGUGAGAAAAGACAAUGGAUCCAGACUUUUUAAAUGUGUUUACACAGCCCGCUGCACUUAAUCAAUUCCUAGCUGAGAAUGUCAUUGCUCAAGGCGAGAAGAAGAAACUCAUAAAACCGACCUCAAGAAACAAUCCCAAGUUGGAAGAAUUAAAACUGUUACUGAUUGACUGGAUUAACACAACUCUGAAAGAGGAACACAUAGUAGUUAAAAGUCUGGAAGAAGAUCUGUAUGAUGGGCUGGUACUUCAUCAUCUUUUGGAAAACCUAGGAUCUCUCAAGCUGGACGUUGACAAGAUCGCAUUAACAGAAAAAAAACAGCGACAGAAACUCUCUGUGAUUCUGGAAGCUGUGGCUAAGUGUUUGCAACUGGAAGAAAGUCAGCUGAAAUGGAGUGUGGAAUCUAUCUUGACAAAGGACUUGCUGAGCACACUGCAUCUUCUGGUUGCAAUAGCAAAGCACUUUGAACCCAACCUGGCUAUGCCUCCAAAUAUUCAAGUGGAAACAAUCACCAUUGAGAACACCUCCAGAGGAUUAAGGACAGCAAAUGCGGUGGAAUAUAUCACAGAAAACAAAGAGCAUUUGGAAGAGCGGUCAAAAGAUGACGCCUUUGAUGAAUUAUUUAGCCGUGCUCCAGAUAAACUGGAUGCUGUAAAAAAGGUAUUUUUGCAAUUUGUCAACCAGCAUGUUGGAAAAUUAGGAUUAAAUGUGAAAGACAUCGAAUCUCAGUUUGCAGAUGGAGUUAUCUUACUUCUGUUGAUUGGACAGCUGGAGGGUUACUUUCUGAAUUUAAGGGAUUUCUUCCUGACUCCAGCCAGCACCACAGAGAUGCUUCACAACGUUAACCUUGCAUUGGACUUGCUGACAGAUGGAGGUCUUCUGAAUUUUUCUGUGAACUCUGAAGAUAUUGUGAACGGAGAUACAAAGACUACAAUGCGGAUUCUGUAUUGCUUGUAUUCCAAGUACAAGACCAAAGAAACAUGAAGAGCAAGGCCAAGAGCUGGGGCUUUUUUUUUUUUUUUUUUCUUUUCUUUCCUAGCGUGUCAUGAUCUGAUUUUUGGAUUCCCAGCUCUGUUCGCCACUGUUUAUGUGCAUGCACUUGUGUUUGACACUUUCUCUAUUAACAUUGUUAAUGCAAGUAUGUAUGCAUGCAAGGUUUCACAUGUACCGCCUGACUAACUGUACGUAUGUGUGUGUCCAGGGCCAGUGUACUGUGUAAAUCUGUGGCUGUAGCUCUUGCCCCAACCCUGUCUCUCAUUCUCUCUGAGCCCCACUAAUGCUGCAAAGAAGUGCAACGUGUGUUUAUUCUGGACUGUGGAUUCUUUCCUUCUGGAGAUGAAUUUGGAAGCUGUUAUUGCAACCUCCCCACUUCUCUGCUUCUGAUUCACUCUGGAGACUAGAGAGGUGAAAGACCCACCAUGGCAUCUCUGGGAAGAUUGCAGACAUGCUUGAAGCUCGAAUUCAAAACCUUCUUUAUAGAGGUGGCUAGUUGUUGUCACACAAGAGGAUGUGGAUUGGGUACCAAACAAAUAGGCAGCUGAAAUGAAAUCUGCACUCAUCAAGUGUUUGAUAAAAGUUUCACCAUUUGCCUGCUUGAAUAUGGAAAAGGGACCCAAAAUAAUGUGGUCGUAUGGGACUGUGCAGUAACAGAGGGGUCUCCUGCACGGCUGUGGAGACUUGCCCUUAUUUCCAUGCUCAGCUAAUGCCAAACUGUGGCCAGUUCCAGCCUGUUGCAGCACUAACAUAAUGUCUGAGUAGUGGGAAUGCCCAUUCCUGCGUCAGGCAGGUUGUAGGAGUGACCAGCACGACCGUGCUUUCUGUCAGGUGAGAGGCGAACGGCUGCUGGCUUCCUCUGCCGCCGGUAGCAGCAGAGCCCAUCAUGGGUGGGAGUAGUGAAGCCUUCGGCUUCGGCCGCUUCCGACAGCUCGCUCGUGCUGGGGACUCUCAAACUCCUCUGAGAGUCUCAGCUGAAUUUUCCACUGACUGUCCCCAAGCAUCCCAGCAGCUCCCUCUGGAUGCAGCAAGGCUAGCUGCAAUUUAUGUUAGCUGUUACCUUCGGUCUUUCCGGGGGUUUUAAAUCAGAACUCCUUCAAAACCUCCAUCUACUCCCUUGACCUUAAAAUUAUGACAUAUUUGUGUUGCAUAAAGCUUGAGAUCUAAUAAAAAAAAAAAAAGAAAAAAGAUGCUUAGAUGUUAUUUUGGCUUCCCUCUAAACUGAUUUAAUUUCCUGUUGUCAGUGACUCUGACAUUUGAUCUCUGAUCUCUGUGUGUUAACAGGAAACCAGAGCUCGCCUAGUGUGAGUGCUGACAUUUACAGAUGAGAAUUUGUUGUGUCUAGUUCUGGAUCACACAGCCUAAGAGAGAUAUCCUUAGAUAGCAAUCCUGAUAAGUCGAGUCCUGCCUUUGAAAAUGGUAAUACUGCGCAGCUGCUGGAGGAAAGAGGUCUGCAGACUGCCCUGAGCCUAAUCCUUUUUGCACCAAUAAUCACUUUGUUACGUUUUUACAGGGAAAAAUCCAAUGUGUGGUGCCAAUGAGCUACAAGAAUAUCAACAUCCUUCCCUAGCACGUUGGUUGUGUGUGCUGUUUUGAAGGAUUUAAGUGAAGAAUACUUGUUUUUUUUUCAUGUGCAUGUCUCCAUAGGUAUCUUGCUUUAUUCCUUAAUGGGCUUCAAACAGUCAAGUGGGAGACGUGAGAAGCUUGUUCUCGCUUCGCAGAUCACUGCUGCUGUUGCUGUAACCCGGCAAGUGGAUUGUAGAAUAAAUUGUUAUUGAGCAGAUAAAACCAGGAUGUGGCUUGUGGAGAGCAGGGACAAGGGGGCAGGAGGGCGUUUGGUGGUGAGACAGUAGCAGCGUGGCCUUUUCCAUUGAGGAAGCCAACCCGAAUCUCUUCCCUGGUGCUGGUGAGCAGAAGUGAUUUCCAGGGUGUGACUUCAUGGAUAACCUAGAGGCUAUGAAAAAAUCAGUGGUGGGGGGAUUAGCUGGUGCUGCCCUGGUUAUAUGAUUAUUUCUUCUCAAAGAAACAGUUGGAUUUUUCUCUCUGUGUUCUGAGUUUUGUGGUCAAAUCCUCUGGCAUAACUAAAUCCAGUGCUUGUACUUCUGCAGAUUCCUGGCAGGAGAAGUCUAGUUCUUGAUAUUAAAUAAAAGAAAGGGUCAUAUACCUUUCCCAACACCAGCUUGCCUAAACCUGUUACGAACAAGUUAUUCUUUUCAAAACGUGCAGGGAAAAAAAUGACAACUAGUGUGCUUGAAUCAAAAAUAUAGCGAGACCAAGAAUGUUUUAAUCUGUUUUUUAUGCUACAAACCAAUUUAUAACACGCUUGAUGUCUCUGAACACUUUGAUAAAGAGCCUGUGUUUGAUUCCUAAAACAUGCUACAGAAUUUUACUAAUCCAUCAUACAGGCACCCACUCCAUAAAUUCGUGUAGAAUAUACAAGUGCACUGUUUACAUUUGAGAUGUAGUCACAGACUUGACAUAGUUUUAAUAAUAAAUCUAAAGUGACAGAGCUAAAAAGAAUAUCCAACAGUAUGAGACUGGUGAAAAAGAAAUAUGUAUACUGUUCUUAGAUGUUACUUUUGCCUUACAUUGAGAUAACCUGUUUCCCUUUUCUCUCACGAGUGUAAGCUGCUUGCUGUUUAAACUGACAAAUUAACUAUGAUAUUUUGAAUAAAGUAAGCUCUCUCUGUGCAAGCCCA